AUGCCUUGCCCAGGAUAUGUGAUUCCGGCCCAGCCGGGGCGAUUGACAGGACUCUCCCGGCAGUGGGGCGUGGAUGAUAAUAAGAAAUGGGUUCUCAAUCAUAAAGAUGUCACAAUAGGAGAAUUAAUGGGCAAGGAAAAUUUCAAUGAUGUAUUUAAGGGCACAUUAAAGGAUAAAACUGCUGUUGCUGUUAAAACACGUAAAGAUGAUCCUUCUCAGGAACUGAAAUUAAAAUUUUUACAAGAAGCCAAAAUCCUCCAGCAAUAUAAUCAUCCCAGUAUUGUCAAACUUAUAGGAGUUUGCACACAAAUACAGCCUAUCUAUAUCAUUAAGGAACUGGUUCCAGGAGGCGAUUUCCUCUCCUUUCUGAGAAAGAAGGAUGAAUUAAAACAGUUAGUGAAAUUUUCAUUAGACGCUGCUUCUGGACGGCGAAUCUCGAGUAAAAACUGUAUACACAGGGACCUUGCUGCAAGAAACUGCCGAGGUGAAAAUAAUGUUCUGAAAAUCAGUGACUUUGGAAUGUCUCGUCAAGAGGAUGGUGGUGUGUAUUCAUCUUCUGACUUAAAGCAGAUUCCCAUUAAAUGGACAGCACCAGAAGCUCUUAAUUAUGGGAGAUAUCGUUCUGACAGUGACGCAUGGAGCUUUGGCAUCCUCCUCUGGGAGACCUUCAGCUUAGGGGUCUGUCCAUACCCUGGAAUGACAAAUCAGCAAGCACAAGAGCAAGUGGAAAGAAGAUACUGGAUGUCAGUCUCUCAGCAGUGUCCAGAGCGUAUUUAUAAAAUAAUGCUGAAGUCUUGGGAUUACAAACUUGAAAACAGCCCCAAGUUCAGUGAACUUCAGAAAGAACUGCCAUCAAGAAGAAAGUCACAUAGUGAUGAAACAGUGCCAAACUCAGCCUUCAGGACUCUAUCUUCCAGCAGAGUAAUAUUUUCUUCUCAUUAA